GUGCGUGCGUGUGUCUAUGUAUAUGUGUUAAAGUGAAAUGGAAUUUGUUGAAUUUUAAUUGCACGCAGCAGCUUCAGAGCUGAGAUCAACAGAGAAACAGAAACAGACAUUUCAUUCAACUUGCUAAUGAAAAUCAACAACAACAGUGACAACUGCGACAACAACAACUAUUGCCAAGAGAAAAUUGCUGAUAAAUAACAAACAGCAAUAACAAUAACAAUAACAACAAACAAUCACCGCCGGCAAAUAUCAUCGAAACAAAAGAAACGUCAGCCUCUUCAAUCAACCACUCCGCCAAUGAGCGAUCAGUGACAUCAACAGCAGAAGCAAAAUGACAGAGACAAGUGGUAAUCCGCACCAGGCGAUAAUGAACGCUAGCAAUGGAAACGAAUUCAAUGGCAGGCACUCGGCCUCGCCGGCGCGUACCAUAGAUUCUCAUGAUUCCACCACGGGUAGCAUGGACACAAUUGUGGAUCGCAGCUUGAACCGUGAAGAGUUGUUGCAGGUGACCAAUACCAUUGAGCAGAGCACGAAUACCACAAAUGUUGGCGGCAGUUUGACCAACUCACAGAUCGCCAUACUGCAACAGGACUCACCGGAACAGCAGCAACGGAGCCAGCAGCUGGACCAGGAGCGGGAGCGGGAGCAGGAGCAGGAUGCACGUCAGCAAUUGGAUGCACAGAGUCAUAUAUAUUCGAGUCCCGUUUACGAUGAGAAGCCCACGCCACCAUUGAAGCUAACAGCAGCCACAUUGUUGGCCAAUGUCAACGCAGACACCGCAAAGAAACCCAAGCUGAUUAGCCACGAGGAGUUUAAGCAACAGCUGGAGGAGGCCAUGGCGACACGCAAUCCACCUGGACUUGGAUUGCAUUCGAAGAGCGUCAGCAAUACCAUCGAUUCGCGCAUCAGCAAAAAGCAACGCUGCCCGCCGGAGUUCAUUAAAUACAAGGGGGGCAGCGGUAGUAGCGAUGGUGCCGCUGACGGCGGCUCCACGAUGUCAGCGAAGGUGCGGCGCAAGCGUCGCGCCAGCAAUGAAUGCUGCUCCGCAUUCCCCCUGCAAAUUGUGUUGGGCACAUUGCAACUGGUUUUGGCCAUUUCGUUGGUGGCGCUUGGCUCGCUGCUGAUUGUUCGAGACGCGGCCUUGUCAAUGGCCGGCUGUGGCAUUUGGACGGGCCUGAUUGCCGCCGUCACGGGCUCACUGGGCGUGGUCAGCAUGCGCAAAACGCAAACGGCCUUUCUGGCGCUCAGUUUGGUGUGCAUUGCCAGCAGUACGCUGGCUUUGGCCAUUUCUGGUGUGGGCCUGUCGCGUGACCUCAAUCGCAUGGCCGAGCAAAAGGGUGAACAGUUUGACCUGAUGAAUGCCAAUAGCGAAGUUUCAGCUGCCUGCGGUUUAAUAUUUGCCCUAUUUUUGCACUUUGUGGUUAGCAUUGUUUCGGUUUACCGCUGCGCCCUCCAGAUUUGCACAAAAUCACAACACAGUGAACUGCGCGAUGUCAUUAUCAAGUCAAAUGCAUCGGGAAUGGCUUUGGAUCAGCAAAAGGUGGAUCAGUAUAUUAAGGCAAUGUCAUUAAACGGCAGCGAAAAGGUAAGUCAGGGAGCACACAAACUUUCAAAUACACACCCAAAAUCAUUGUUUCAGGUAAAUAACGAGAAACUGGCUGCUAUGUGGAUGUAUGCGACGCACAUGGGCAGUCUGCCACCGCCAUCUGUGCGCAAACUUACGCCUCCAUCCCGUUCCAUCAUGCUCAUACCUGCCACAGCCGCCGGCAAUGGAAUGCCACCACCGCCACCCACACGUCUGCCACCUCCACCGCCACCAGGGAUGGGCGCUGGUAUACUGCUCCCUGUGCCACCGCCGCAGUACCGUGGGAUGACGUUACCGUACAUGCGGCCGGGAUCCAUGCUUUAUGCUCAUCCGGCCAGUCUAACGGGUACUUAUCGUACACACAAGAGCACUAAGUCGGCAGAAAUGAAUGGUCAGCGUCGGCGUCGCCGUGCCGGUAAAUCAGAUGCAAAUCGUCGUCAGCGCCGAAAGUCCGAGGCGGAUGUGCUAGAUGGUGCGCCAAAUUUUCAAUAUACGGGUCUGGAUCGCGCCAUAGCAGAUAGUUUCCUGGCGCGUCAGGAGCAGUCUCAGGCGGGCAGCCACAUUGACUACUCCUCGUCGACAUCCUCAGCCAACAGUGAUGCUUUCAGACAUCAGGGAGCUUCCUCCAAGUCCAAGAUUGUGUGCCGCGAUGUGGUAAUGUGAGAUAAUUCCAUCUCAUUUCAUUUCAGGCCCCGUAGUCUUUGCCAUCCAAUUUGGCAUGAUGUUCAGCGACUUUUGUAAAUAGUUUCUCAAAGUACCCGACAGCCCAUCAAGCGAUUGUCUAAUUUCCGUUUUUAAAUAUAUAUGCAUAUAUUAUACAUACAUAAAUACAUGCAUAUGUAUGGAUGUAAAUUUCUUAUGCAUCAUACAUACAUAUGUACCUACAAACAUAAUAUAGUUAUAGUCAUUAUUUUUUGAAUAUACUUAUAUAAAAAAAAACAAAUAAAGAUACUCGAACGAA